AUGUUGCGCUCAUCCAUGGGCCUGGGCAGGGCCCGGCCAGCAUUGCGCCAACCACUCUCUAACUCCGGUCGGCUCAGCUCUGCCGUCCGCAUUGCUCGCACUACAUCAAGACUCAAUUCUACAGUAACCAAUUUAGAAAGCUUCCCUGCGAUCGGCGAGAAGCUACAUGGGUUCACUGUGCGCGAGAAGAAGCAUGUCCCCGAGCUACAUCUUACCGCGGUGCGGUUGACUCAUGACAAGACCGAUGCCGAUUAUCUUCAUGUGGCAAGAGAUGACAAGAACAAUGUCUUCGGUAUUGGAUUCAAGACCAACCCACAAGAUGCGACCGGUGUGCCUCAUAUUCUCGAGCACACCACGUUAUGUGGCAGUGAAAAAUACCCUAUUCGUGACCCCUUCUUCAAGAUGCUUCCGCGAUCACUAUCCAACUUUAUGAAUGCCUUCACCUCUUCCGACCACACUACCUACCCCUUCGCUACAACCAACCCUCAAGAUUUCCAGAACCUGUUGUCCGUGUAUCUCGAUGCGACAUUGCACCCCCUGCUUAAGGAGGACGACUUCCGUCAAGAAGGAUGGAGAUUGGGCCCAGAGGAUCCCCAGGCUCUUCUGGCCACACCGGAGCAGAAGGCUAAAUUGGAGGAUAUUGUAUUCAAAGGUGUUGUGUACAACGAGAUGAAGGGUCAGAUGUCGGAUGCCAACUACCUUUACUACAUUCGAUUCAAGGAAAGCAUCUUCCCUGCUAUCCACAACUCGGGCGGCGACCCCGAGUAUAUCACAGACUUGACUCACAAGCAGUUGUAUGACUUUUCGAAGCGCAACUACCACCCAAGUAAUGCCAAGAUCUUGACUUACGGUGAUAUGCCUCUGGGCAAGCACCUUGAGCAAAUUGGACCUGUUCUUGAAGGAUUUGAGCUGGGUCAAGCUGAUACUGAUGUCAAGCUACCUAUGGAUCUGAACAAGUCGGUUAAUGUCACCGUCUCUGGUCCGAUCGACACAUUCUCCAGCGAGGAUAAGCAGCACAAAACCUCUACUUCAUGGUACAUGGGUGACUCCACUGACACUGUGGAGACAUUCUCUGUUGGUAUUGUCUCAUCUUUGCUUCUGGAUGGCUACGGUUCACCUAUGUACCGCGCCCUCAUCGAAAGUGGCCUGGGUUCAUCUUUCACACCAAAUACUGGGUUGGACUCCUCUGGCAAGGUGCCCAUCUUUUCGGUUGGUGUCACUGGUGUGGGUGAGGCUGAGUCAUCCACUGUCAAGCAGGUGAUCCAGAAUGCAUUCAAGGCGUCUGUCGAUGCUGGUUUCAGUGAUGAGAAGGUGCAAGGAUUCCUUCACCAGCUGGAGCUUGCUCUGCGUCACAAGACCGCCAACUUCGGUAUUGGAGUUAUGGAGAAGACAAUUUCCUCCUGGUUUAAUGGCUCCAACCCAAUGAAGGAGCUUGCUUGGAAUGAUGUCAUUGAGGAAUUCAAGAGGAGAUACUCGCAGCCUCGAUACCUCGAGUCCCUUGUUGAGAAGUAUCUUCUCAAUGAUCGUUGCAUGACCUUCACCAUGGUUGGCUCUCCGACAUUCAACAAGGAAUUGGAUGAGAAAGAGGUCGUGCGCAAAGAGCAGAAGCUUGCCAAGCUUAUUGAGCAACAUGGUUCUGUUGAGGAAGCAGUUUCUAAGCUCAGUGAGGAGGAGCUGCAGCUUCUCAAGGUGCAAGAGGCUGCCCACAAUGCAGACUUGAGCUGUCUUCCAUCCCUUCGCGUCAAGGAUAUUUCCCGUGAAAAGGAACGCAAGCCCGUGCGCGAGUCCAAGGUCGAUGAUGUUGAUGUUGUCUGGCGUGAAGCCCCUACCAAUGGAUUGACUUACUUCCAGGCCGUCAACACAUUUGAGGAGCUUCCUAGUGAGCUUCGCUUGCUGAUGCCUCUGUUUAACGACUGUAUCAUGCGACUGGGCACAGCGAACCGCUCCAUGGAAGAAUGGGAGGACCUCAUCAAGUUGAAGACCGGAGGUAUCUCUACCUCUAACUUCCUUGUCUCAUCCGCGACCCACUUGGAUCAGUUCAAGGAAGGUCUGAACUUUUCUGGAUAUGCUAUCGACAAGAACAUCCCCGAAAUGCUGAAUAUGCUUUCGACCCUCGUGACAGAGACAGAUUUCUCCAGCCCUUCGGCACCGGCUAUGAUCCAGGAGUUGUUGCGAUUGACCACAAAUGGAGCAAUUGAUUCCGUUGCUGGAACUGGCCAUCGCUUUGCUGUCAACGCCGCCGCCGCCAGCCUUUCCAAGAGCUUCUGGGUUCAGGAACAGCAAUCUGGCUUGGAUCAACUUCAAGCUACCGCCAACCUUCUGCGCGACGCAGAGUCAUCUCCCGAGCGCCUCCAGGAGCUGAUUGACAAGCUUCGUCUUAUCCAGUCAUUCGCAAUCUCGAAGACCUCUAAUCUUCGGGUCCGUAUGGUCUGCGAGCCUGAGAGUGCCGCCCGGAAUGAGUCUGUGCUGCAGAAGUGGAUGGCAGGCUUGCCUCAAGUUCGCUCUCCGCAAUCAACUGCCUCUACCCUUGGGUUCCAGGCAUUUGACAAGGCAUUCUAUGAUCUUCCAUACAAGGUCUACUACUCUGGUCAGGCUACACAGACUGUGCCAUUUGUCGACUCCUCUAGCGCUCCUCUCACCGUGCUCUCACAGCUUCUGACUCACAACUACUUGCAUCCUGAAAUCCGAGAGAAGGGUGGUGCAUACGGUGCCGGAGCUAGCAACGGUCCUCUUAAGGGUGUUUUCACUUUCAUGAGUUACCGUGAUCCAAACCCCGCGAACACCCUCAAGGUCUUUGCUAAUAGUGGUAUCUUCGCUCGGGACCGUGCCUGGUCAGAGCGUGAGAUUGAGGAGGCCAAGCUUGGUAUCUUCCAGGGUCUGGACGCUCCGGUCAGUGUUGACGAAGAGGGAUCCCGUUACUUCAUGAGUGGUGUUACCCACGAAAUGGACCAGCGCUGGAGAGAGCAGGUCCUGGACGUCACUGCCAAGGAUGUGAAUGCAGUUGCUGAUCGAUUCCUCGUGAAUGGUUCUCGCAAGGCCACUUGUGUGCUCGGUGAGAAGAAAGACUGGGCUGGAUGGGAUGUGCGAAAGCUCUCGAUGGGCCAACAAGAAGCCUCCGAGUAA